ACAAUUUAGUGUUUCAUAUACGUUUACUUCAAGGCGAGAUUUAAAUUAAGAGAUUGGAUCUCCAUUUGGCUUAUAGAUUGCCGCGUUCAAGAUUUCUGGAUCAGUCUUAAGCAGACUCGACUUUAUUCGCUGUGGAGAUGCAAAGAACUGCUUUGACAGACGAGAAAGGACAGAGUGUGGAGGAGAAGAGAGAGAGACAGAAAGAAACAGAAUGAAAGAGGACAUAGAAGGAGACUAGAGAAUGGAGAACUGGACGCAGGCGCAAAAGCUACCCCAUUCCAGUGUACGAGGCGUCGCGACGCCUUUUCGCUUCAUUCGGCGUCCGGACGUCAACUUAUCACAUGUGCGGGGCCGCGCGACGCUCCUCGCAUUUCUACCUGAAACGUGGAACAGCUGUGUUGUUCGCGAUAGAAACGCUGGCAAAGCGAAAAAAUCGCGGAACAAUCGGUGCAAGUGUAAUUAAUAUCACGAACAGUAAUUGAGACAGGGGCGAGAUAAGCGCGCAUGGGAAUAUUAACGUUAAACGAACGGUCUCAAAUUAGCGGCCGAAGUAAUUUUAGCCGGCGGCAUUUCCGCGAUCGAGUAGCACGCCUAGUGAUCGGUUAAGGUGGGAGGGCGGUAAUUCGAUCUGCGAGCGGCGAGGGAAGUGGAAAAUUGAAAGCGGAAUGUUUGUGCAUCUCUUCGCCCGGAUUGACGAUAAUGCUCGUUUCGUGCUCAAACGGUUAUUACGCCGUCCGUAGAAAAGUGUUCCUAUGGCACUCGAGGAUCAUUCGCACUACAACAGGGUGCGGCAGCUACGAUUAGUAACUGAAGCAUCCUCCUUACACGUGUCACCGACACUUGUCACAUGACACUUUGAUUCUGCACGCGACACUAAAAUCCGAUUCGCCACACGAAAAUUUGAUUCCCCGAUUUAUCGUGGAAACCGGAACUCCGCGCGCAAACGACGCAGCUGAUUUUAGAAAAAAAAUUAAUCAAUUAUCGUCCUCAAUCCUGUCUACUAAUUAAUUGUUACGCCGCUGAUAUGAUAUAUAUUAAUGUUAGACAUUUGAAUAAUCUAAAUCUCCGUUAAGAACAAAUCUCGUCCUUAUCGUCGCAAAGAGAAAAACGUAAUCUUGACGUUUGUCGUAUAAAAACUUGAUGUUGUUAGUGCACGCAAUUUUAAGCGCUGAAACAUAAACUCCAAAAAUGGGAAGCAUAAAAAUUGAGGCCAGCUGACUACCCUCAUACCCUCGGAAAUCAAAUUGUCAAAACGAUAACAAUAAUAACAACGAAAGUUUUACUACCGUUAUACUACAUCGUGCUCCCUUUGGCAGCGUCAAAACUUGUCCAGGGAUACAUUCGACUAUGAUUGUUCGAAUUAAAUCAAGAGAGUGGAUCUCCAAACGCAUAGUAACUUUAUUCUUCUCUUCAUCUCCGCGCGUGUACGAGAAUAAAUCGUCGCGACUAAAUUAUCGAGCGCGAUUUCCAGCUCAAAAAAUGUAGAAAAAUUAUUACGUUCUAUCGGACCAGUGAACAAAGACUCUUGCCUUCCGAUCGAACUUAGUCAGCCGAAAUUGUAAAGUGAAUCGAGGAAGAUGUGAUGUAUAAGUAGACGGCGGAGUGAUUCGAUUUCCCCGAUCACAUCUCCCCGAAAUAGCACGGAAAUGACAAAGGCGCUCUUUCACGUAUGCUGUGAAAUUUGCCAAUAGAAAAAAAAUCGAUUUGGAAGUCUUCUCUAACGUUAUAAUCGUUAAUAAUUAGCUAAUAAUAAAUUAGCUAAAUGAGGAACAGCUGUCUCUGUCAAGAAAAACUGUAACCUGCGUGCGAUAAUUGUCUUCAUUAAUCUGACAGUGAUAACUUAUAAAUAACUUAAUCACUGUAAUCUGAAUCCGAUCGUCAUCGAUUUGAAGUAUCAUUAAAAUACGUGUAAGUUGUCGUCAGCGUCGCAGAAUAAUUGUCAGUUAUCAAUGUAAUUUCAUGUGAUAGUGAUUACGUUAAAUCGACAUUUUUUUAUCGGAAGCUUCAAUUCCGAUUAACUCCGAUUCCCAUUACUCCUUUUAUGUAACGAUCUUCAUUAAAAAAAAGAAAGGAACCAACGAGAAAACUAUUACCGGACGGUAAUGAUUCAGCGGGAGGAAUUGGAUCUUGAAAGCGCGUAAAAGUAGAAGAGUUGAACUUUCGUAUUCCGCAGUGGUAGUGCAUUUCGCUCGUUCGCUGGACCACUUCACUUCGCAGAGAUGAACGUCAGCCUGAACACCACGCUGGAACCCUCCGCCGGAACGGAAUACCAGUGCGGCGCGCGCUUGGAAUCCUUCUACUACUGGUAUAGGAGUCAGAUGCAUGGCUGGGCUAGUCUACUGAUAUGCAUAUUCGGUUCAAUCGCCAACGUGCUCAACAUCGCCGUGUUAACGCGUCGCGAGAUGCAAUCGCCCACUAACAUGAUUCUCACCGGUCUCGCCGUGGCCGACCUUCUCGUGAUGAUGGAGUACAUUCCUUACGCGAUUCAUAUGUAUCUCUACAAACGAUCUCGCAGAGAUACCUUCACCUACGGCUGGACCAUCUUCGUGCUGUUUCACUCCAACUUCACUCAGGUUUGUCAUACAAUCUCGAUCUGCCUAACCGUCACUUUAGCAGUUUGGAGGUACAUCGCGGUGGCACAUCCGCAGAGGAAUCGCGAGUGGUGCAGCAACAAGCGCACCUUCCUGAUGAUUGCCUUUGCCUAUUUAUCCUGCCCGCUGCUUUGCAUACCGCUUUACAUCAACACCGAAGUGAGACCGCAAGAAGAAAUACUAGACAGAUUGGGGGAAAAAGUGAAUCUAACAAAAUUCCAGCAGAUGGUCAACAACUCGUCUCUCGAAGGCGUAACUAAUAGCACGCUAUACUUCGUGAAACUUGUCGAAUCUCCAAAUGCAGAUGUUCUCAAGAACAUCAACAUCUGGAUCUACAGCGUGGUGAUCAAGCUGAUACCGUGCAUAGCGUUGACGGGAUUAAGUAUCAAGCUGGUCAAGGUAUUGUUAGAGGCAAAACGGAGACGGAAAAAACUCACUGCGAAAAAUCAAACUGUAAUCAAGAUGGGAAACGGCAAGGAGCACGCCUGCGAGAAACCCAAGAAAAGAAGAAAAGGCAACGAUAAAGAAAGACAGACUGACAGGACUACAAUGAUGUUAUUGGCGGUGCUCCUAUUAUUUCUCGUCACGGAAUUGCCGCAGGGCAUUUUGGGAUUGCUCGGCGUUAUUUUGGGCCAGAGUUUCUUAAACACCUGCUACGCAAUGUUGGGCGACGUGAUAGACACUCUGACACUUAUAAACUCGGCCAUCAAUUUCAUUCUGUACUGCGCCAUGAGCCGACAAUUCCGCACAACCUUCAAUCAGCUGUUCUGCAACCGAUGGCGAUUAAUCGGCAGGUGGAUGGCAGUGCCGCAUCAACCGAUGGAAAACAACGGGCACACCGGGACCAAUCACACGGUGACCCAGGUCACUCAGGUCUAGCGCCGAAGAAAUCGACGGACCUUUUGCUAUCCGGUGUAAAGAACUCGCUGAUUAGUUUCCUCUAAGACACGUGUACUGCAACGAGAAUAGAAAGAGGAUAUUCUAUCCGUGAUUCUCCGUCCGCCAACAUGGCGGCAAGCAAAGAGAGGUGAAAUUUAUUUGCUCGCUACUGCCACCGGUCUUAAUUGCAUCGUCGUUGCGAACUUUACAGCGCCCGCGGCGUCUUCAAGCGACGGCUUCGCCGUCCUGGACGUACGGCACGCCAGAUGUGUAAUAAAUAUUUAUUUAAGUUAGUUGACGAGUCUCCUUAUGUUUUUCCAGCAUGUUUCUUUUCAAUUUUGCAUGUCACUUAAUUAUAUGCCGUAACGCGUCUGACUGCCGUCGAAUUGACGAUACGCACAAUUAUACUAAAAACAAACGUUGUGAUAGAUAUGUGAAAAACCUUACGAAUUCUGUCAAAUUAGAAAUUGUAAUUUUGUAACGCCGUACCUCCCUCCCCAAGAUCUCAUUAUUUGGAACAUUAUUAAUCUUCCAGUAAUUUUAAACUUGUUACAUGAAAGGUGAUAAUUCACAAACACGAUUUCUUAUUCAGAAACUUAUAAAUAAUUUUACCUAGCGUGCAGAAACAAAAAAAAAAUUGUACAUCAUUUUGCAAUAAGUCUCUUUAAUAUUGUUUUAAUGUUUGCAUAUAAAAUUAUCAUAAAUAAUUAUAAAAUUAUCUCAUAAUCCGCAUACUAUUCUCACGAUGAAAUAUUUAUCAAGAAGUUCCUUUGUAUCAAUUUCAAUCUCUGCUUGCGCUCUAAUAUUUGUGCUGUGAAAAUAAUUAGCUUCGUUUAUUGCGCAUUCUGUUAUCGAUUACUUUAAACAUUUAUAUUGUUAAUAAUUAUAUUGACCUCGCGCUAAUAACGUUCAAUUUACAUUUCAAACCGUAGUAACGAUGACAGUCAAUGGCAAUGUUAACAGUGGCAAAAAGAAAUAAGGUUAUUAAGAUUAUUACACGUGAAACGAGUUGUUAAUGGCACAACUUAGUUGAAACAUAAGAAGUAUGCCUAUUAAACUGAGUAUGAAUUGCUGAAAAUUUGCAGAGAUCAUUAUGAUGCAUCGCAUAAGCUGCAGUGUAGCAUAAUUUUCUACAGGAAAUAGAACAUAACUAACUAACUUAACUACGUCGUAAACAGUUAACCAAAGGCGUCAUGCUUUUCUUCAUAAAAUGCAGCAGCAGCGAGAUGUUUGAAUAGUUUAACUCUUCUAAUAAUAAUUAGUGGCGCAACGUAAUGACGUUCGAACAAUUACCCAUUUUAUUGCUAAGGAUUAAAAAAAAUUUUUUUUUUUUAAAUUAUAUUUCUAAAAAUUUCAAUUUUUUCGUAAUAUUGAAACUGUGCACUUCCCAUAUAUUUAUCUCGACUCUCGGUUACAAGAUUUUUUUACCUUUUUGCUCGUUAUUUGUUUGCAAAAUGUUUUUUUAAUAAUCGUAAAAUGUUGUUUCUCAAAAUAAUAUUUUCAAUAGAUUUCAAACAGAGGUAAUACGUAUUAAAUAUUUAUUUAAUUCUAAAAUGUUUUUUUAAUUGUGCGUUAUCUACACGUGCCGUAUGUUUAUUAAAGUAAGAAAUCUGUCUAUAGUGUGAUAAAUAUAAAUAUUAAAUUGGUUUUUUAUGCAAAUUAAAAUAAAGGAUUACAAACUAUUACAGUAGAACAAUUAAAUAUUCGUUUUAAUUACAUAUGGAUUGAUGUAAAAGUUGGCACACUGUUUUUACCGAGUCGCAGCCCGGAUAGACGACUUUAUCAUGGAAUUAUUCGAAAGCUGUACUGUGAAAACGAGCGCAGUGAUUAACAUAAUUAACAAUGCAAUGCGAGAUGUAAAAUUUGCGUCGCCCAAAGGAUAGUCUUGCUUUGCGAUUCACAUUUAUGCAGUUGAAUAUUUAAAAAAAUCUCCUCGAUGCAACUUCUCGAUUCUUCUUCUUUCAAGUUAAAUGCAAAUUACAUUCGCAAUUUGCAUUUUAUCCCUUAACGGAUAAUAAAAAGCCAAAGUAUUUCUUCCAGAAACUUUAUUUAGGCCUCUCUUCGCAGGCCUUAUUAUAAUUAAGAUAUUAAUUUUCCAAUCACACAAUUAGGACACGGUACUAUCGUAAUAAUUAAAUUCAUUAUUAAUUAGUAUCAAUAACAUUAUCAUAAAUGUAUUCGCUGGAACAAAUCCGUUACACGCGUCUCAAUAUACUUAUCAUAAUUUGCCGCAUACGUAUUUUCCAAAUAUUCCAAAGCACGUUGCAACUUAUUUUUGUAUUUAAAUGACAUUUUGUAUAAAAUGUUACGUCUAACAACAAAUUUCUUGUAAAGUUGCUUUAAUAUUUUACUCACGACUUUGACAACGUAAAAAACUCAAUCACGGAAAAUAUCGCUCGUUUUCACGUCUCUCUUUUUUUCAAAAGCGCUCUUUCAAAACGAUUUUGUGUCUGAAAACGCUUAAUGCACAUUUCAAUUAAAAACUUUCUAGACAAUAAUAAAUCGUACUAUUUGAUCAAAUUUUGCAAAGCGACGCUUUCAAAUCUCGGCACGUUAUUAAAAUUCGAAAUAUGAAAGGUCCGUUCGAGGAGUUUGAAAAAAAGUUGCAUCCGUUCUUGAUUUCAGAAGCGCGCGGCAUACGCGCAAUAAUCGAAUUGUCGCGUUUUCAAUCUCGCCCUUGCGUUUAUUGCAUGUUCAACGCGCUCGAUACCUUUAUCGAUCGCGACAGACCACAAAAGCGAGGUUUGCAAAAUAAAAAUCCGUGAAUUGCGUCACCGCAAUAAAUUAGAGCUUCCUUAAAUCACUCCAUCUGUCCGAUAAAGCACUCUUAGACCGAAUCGCAGCAAUUACGCAACACGGGGAAUUGCCACGAUUAAUCGCUGCCUCUCAUUUGUGGCAAAACUUUAUCGCCUUGUAUAAAAUUGCUGUGGAAGUCGCGCAAAACGCAUAAAGUUUCUCGCCUGAGUUGGAUUUUUAUUUAUUUGCGCCCGCCCACGAGCGCAUUCGAUAAAUUGUCGCAGUCACGGAUUUUGUCUCUGCACCGGCCUUCUCUGACGUUAAUUCUUUAUAUUGCAUUCACUUUCGACUGGCAUUUGUUAAAAGACAAGACAGAUUUCUUUCGCAAAUAUUCCAUUCCUAUACUUUUAUUUCCAUUAUUAUUUUAAUAGUGCCUUAUAAUUUACUCCAUUAUUGUACAUUUCCUAAUCGUACAACUUUCUAACACAAUGAAAGUAUAUUUAUUAAUAUUGAGGAGAUAUUUCUCGCAAUAAGUUCUUUUAAUUUUUUUAAGAUGUUUAUAGCAUUGUUCUUAAAUUUAACGAUUAAAUUAAUUUAGAUAUUAUUUCUAGCUUCAGUUUGCGAUUGCGUUUUAAAUCCGACAAUCUCAUUGGCAUGCAAACCUGAAAGACAUAUUUAAUAAUUGAUAUGGAAAUAUCAUUAAGCACCAUAAAAUUCAGUUUGACCAAGAAAUAGCAUUCUCUUCUAUUUCUUGUAUACUUAUUGUGUUUGUAGAAACACGUAAGUUAUAUCAUUAUCUUUUUAAUACGUACUAACUUUCUAGUCUGCAUGAUAUGUUUUGUAAUAAAGAGAAAGAAAAAAAGAAAUAUUUAUCUAUAUCAUAAUAAAAUUAGUAAUCAAGUUUUUAAUUGAUAGUUCAGAUGUUAGAGCGUAAAAAUUUACAAAACUGUUAAUCUGCUGUACUAUAAAUCUGGGAGAAAUUGAAAAAAAAGUUAUUUUUAAAACUGUGAAGCAACAAUAUCGUAAAAUUGCGAUAAAACUCGCAAAAACAAAUCACGAAUCAAUAGUUUCAAGUUUGCUACUUGCAAAAUCAUGUACAAUUUUUAAAAUUUAUUCAUAAGCUAAUUUAUCACAAAACGUAAUAUAAGUUCUUCAUUUCAGUAGAAAAAAAACUGGCUUAAGAAAUGAUCUAUUACAUUCAGCCAAAUGGUAUAAAGCAAAUCUUCUUAUGAGAUAAGUAAUGUCCUCGUUUAGAUGAAAUGAGUUAUACGAUAAGUACUAUAUCAAGCUAAAUCCUCUUCACGUUAGCAAUGGAACAGAAACAUUAUCUCUCUAUGCAAUCUUGUACUAUUAGAUAGCUUUAGGCGCUGCAAGUAAUGUUUCCCUUUCGUGAUAGAGAUUCAUUAGAAAGAAACAGCAAAUAUGCUGGUUACAUGAAAAAGAAAUCAGCGUUAUCUUCCUACAAAUAUGUUGCGUGUUGUUUGUAGCGGAUAGCAAAAUGUUCGUUGAUUCCUUCACAGAGGAAGUUGAUAGAAAAUAAUUACCAAAGAUUGCGGUUCGUCGAUUGACGCGUUAAACAAUAACUUCGUAUCGGAAGUGUAUUACGAGAACUAUACUUUGGAAAAUCUAGGUGAGUUACGUUCGUUUGAAGAAGCAUGUUUCGUACUGAGAGACUCACGUUAAGUUAGAAACCAAUUAUGAGGAUCAAUUGGGAGAUUCGUGUUUCUCGAAGCCUUUUGACAACGUUAACAAAAGCAAGCACGCCACUUUCAAAGACAUCGUUGAUCUCCCAAUACUUCGUUUCGCGUUUCUCAAAAGCGAAACUAUACCAUGUAUGUAUAAGGUGUAUAUAAAUACAAAACGUGGAAUUUCGAAGAAAAUGCGGAACAAAGUAAAAUAAAUAAGCGAGGAUGUGCGCGUGUGUAUGUGUGUGUGUGUGUGUGCGUGUGUGACAUAGAACUGACAUUGUGAAAAAUAUUCAUGUUAGUCUUUCUACCUUAGGAUAAAGUAUUUGAUAAAAUAUUUGUUAAAUGUCCCGCCAAAUUACCCAAACUAACGUCAUAAAUGUUUAUUAAAUGCGAAAAUGCACAUUCGAAUCCUUGCAUGUAAUAUAUGUAACUAUGUAUGUAAUUUUAAUAUUUUGUUUGAUAUAAACAAUACUUGUACAAUUAUCUCCUUCUUUUAUGCGGAACGUAAUAAUAUUGAGUUUGUAAUUUUAUUUCAUUAAUUAUUUUAUUAAAAUUUGUUGUUAUCAUCAAUAUUGUGAUAUCGGGACGUGUAUCUCGCUGUAAGAUUAAAUUAUAGGAGGUAAUGUUUUUAUUGCGUUAUAUAAUAAUUGCCUUUCUUGAACAUGCCAAUUUCUACGUUACAUUUGAAUAAUGAUGUGAAAGAGUGAUAAAUAAUUAUUAAUUCAUAAUCAUAAAUUACAUUUAAGAUUAAAAACGUACGCACCAUUUUGGAAAUGACACGAUAGUUGGAAAGUGAGAAUAACCGAGGAUUAAUAUCUCACCAAUAUUCUUAUACUCGUGCAACGACCAUGUGAGAUAUGAACUAAAAGAAAAAACUUAUUAAUUUUUAAUAUUCCUUGUAAAAUUAUAACAUAUUGCAUUUUUUUAAUAAAAUGGCAUUGUUUUCAGGAAAAUGGCAUUACUUCCCUCAUAUCAAACACACUGAAAUAAUAAUAAUAACUUUAUCGAGUACAAUGGUUUGCAAAUAUUAUAAAGAUUGAUUAUAAAUUAUAGAAGCUGUUCACAAAGGAAUUUCUUUCAUUACUUUUUACGUGGAACC